AUGGGGCGAAUGCAAUUUAGUGCUAAAUGGAUUCAUUGGAUUCUAAGCUGUCUUCAGUCCGCUACGGUGUCUGUGUUGGUAAAUGGAAGUCCCUGUGAGGAGUUUAAGAUGGGGAAGGGUCUGAGGCAGGGUGAUCCUCUUGCCCCAUUCUUGUUUCUAAUUGUGGCGGAAGGGUUGAAUGCCUUGUUUAAUAGGGCUGUAGCAGCGUGCAGAUUUGAGGGGUUUAAAUUUGGAGGGGAUAGCGAACUGGAAGUAUCUAUGCUUCAAUUUGUAGACGACACCAUUUUCAUUGGCAUGGUAUCUGGACAAAAUGUAGCAACACUGAAAUGUGUACUGAGAUGCUUUGAGAUGGUUUCAGGUCUCAAAGUUAAUUUUCAUAAGAGCAAGCUUGCAGGUAUAGCAGUGGACAGGGGGAACAUGCGAAGGUUUGCAGCUGUAUUACACUGCAAAUUAAUGGGGGUUCCUUUUACAUACUUGGGAAUACCGGUAGGAGGGAGCAUUAUGCGAAGGAUCCUGUGGGGUGGUGCUGAGAAUGAGAAUAAAAUUGCUUGGGUGAAGUGGGAUAAGGUGAUAAAGACAAGGUGUGACGUGCAAGGAGGUUCUCCAUGGUGGAAUGAUAUUAAAUCAGCGUGUGUAGUGGAUGGGUGGGAUUGGUUUGGAGAUGCAGUUCAAAAGACAAUGAGGGAGGGGAAUGACACACUGUUUUGGACAGAACAGUGGAUCGGGAAUGGGUCAUUGGCAUCAAGGUACCAUAGGCUGUUUAAUUUAUCAAAAGCAGCGUGA